AUGUGGGAUUUUUUUGACAAAUAUAUGGCGGCGACAAUUCAGUGCCACAUAAAUCACAAAGUAUUUUUUUCGACGCGUUUUUCACCCUCUUAGUAAUGUCUGUAGCUAAAUUAAAGCCUGUCGGUGUGUGAUAGUUGUGGGUGGUUUCUGGGGCAUACACAGAAUGGUUGUUGAGUCGCUACAUCGUCAAUCGGGACACGCGAAAAUGCAGCCAGCGGGCAUGACACCGAAGGAGCUGUCGGAGAAUGAUGAUCUGGCAACAUCCCUCGUCCUGGACCCAUUCCUUGGCUUUGUCACGCACAAAAUGAACAUCAAGUACCGUCCACUAAAGGCCAAUCGCGACGAACUGAGGCGCAUUGUGGGGGAAUUCAUUGAGACGAAGAACUACGAGAAAGCCUACGGAAAGAUCAUUAAAGGCGAAUGGAUUCCCCGGCAUGUGCACAACAAGAGCAAAUUGGCACAGAAGAGACUCCAGGAGCAUAUUUAUCGGUACCUCCGUGUAUUCGCCAAGGAGUCCGGGUUCACGAUAGAGCCGUGCUAUCGGUACUCCCUGGAAGGGCAGAAAGGCGCCAAAAUCUCCUCAACGCGCAAAUGGUACAAAAAUGAGAAGAUUGAAUACCUCGUGGGGUGCAUUGCGGAACUCACGGAGGCCGAGGAGGCGAUGCUUCUGCAUCCGGGAAAGAAUGAUUUUAGCGUCAUGUACAGCUGCCGGAAGAAUUGCGCGCAGCUAUGGCUUGGCCCGGCGGCGUACAUUAAUCACGAUUGCCGGGCUAAUUGUAAAUUUGUCGCCACGGGACGUGAUACGGCGUGCGUGAAGGUUUUGCGUGACAUUGAGGUGGGUGAGGAGAUAACAUGCUUCUACGGUGAGGACUUUUUUGGCGACAACAACGACUACUGCGAGUGCGAGACGUGCGAAAGGCGCAGCAUGGGGGCAUUUGCCAAAGAGAAAACCACCACGGAGGAGACAUCGCCGGCGAGCGGGUAUCGUCUGCGUGAGACUGACAACAGGAUUAACAGGAUUAAGAGUAAGAACCCAGCUAAUGGGGUUGGUGUGGACAAGGAGCAAUCGUCAAAUGGGAAGAUUGUGGCUCCAUUGACGCUCAGUGAGUUACGGCAGAAAGGAAUGACAAAGUACGAUGCUGAGAUGAUUAUGGCACAACAUCCGGAUGUGCAGAUGUUUCAGCAGCAUGAAGAAACGGCGACGAAUGGGCACAACACACGUCAAAAUGGGCAACAUACACGGAAGAGUACGCGAUUGCAGGAAACAACGGCGAGUGGGAGCUCAGGGAGGCGACCGCCGGCGGCACAGAAGAGCCCCAAAAUGAGUGGAGGACGGUACAAUACGAGGGGUUCCUCCGCAGCGGCGACUGAUGAUGCCAGCAGUUGUUCAGGGAGUGUGGAUGAGGAGGAAGAACGUCGAGGGCGCCGAAAGAGCCACCCAGCAUGUAGGCUCAACCUUUCGGCGCAUUUUGAGGGAUUAGCCCCAAAGCGUCGAGGGCGCUUAGCGGACAAGGACACUGUGAUCAGUCUCCUCGAGGAUGAGGAUGAGGAGGACGACAUGAAUGUGAUACUGCGCAAGAGAAAAGUGUCCAAGAGUGUCAGUGAGACAGAUAGUACGUCAUCGUUGGAGAAUAAAGCACCCCGUAGUGGUGGUGAGACACCAACGGUACUCAAGACACCCGAAAGGCGCCUCAAGUUGACGCUACGCAUGAAGAGGAGCCCCAUUUUGGAUGAGGUCAUCGAAUCGGGAACGAGUUUGAGUGAAGAAGCCCCAAAUGGGGCUUUUGUGGCGCCGGAGUAUGAAGUUCUGCGCGUUGAGGGGCUCAUGGAUGACGAUGAGGAGGGUGAUGAAGAUGGGGAGACCACGGGGGAGACGCACAGUGACUUUACGGAUACAUCGCCGCCGCAGAAGCGCAAGAAGAGGCACAAAACAAAGAAGAGACGCGAUAAGCAUCGCCGACACCAUCAUACAACCACCUGCCCGCCAGAAGUGACGACGGCAUCGCCCCCAAUGAAGCGCCUUCGUCUCAUUUUUGGCAAUGAAUCUCACACCAUCAACAUUCCGCCGCCCGAUGCGGCCCCCAUGGCAGCUGCUGCGGAGCCCACGGCGUCCCCGAUUGCGCAAGUGGUUAACUGACAACGUGACAAGCCGCCCAUUGCCCCAAAACGCCGUCGCCCCUGACCCACAGUAUACUCCCGACGUCUUCGGGCAAGUAGACAGAACUGAGUUCCCCCCAAUUAUACUUUCAGUGUGCUUUCAAUGCAAAAAAAUUGUAGCUCUAAAUUCAUUUCAGUUUCUUUGUUUUGUGUUCAAAAAAUUAUUCUUUGUUGUUUUUUUCAGUUAAUAUAAAAUUCUUUGUGGAAUGUA